AUGAUGCGCGGUGGAUCGUUGAUUCGGCUGGCGCAGGUUGGACUGAAUCCGGGUGUGACGGCUACGAUCGGCCACCACCAGCGCAUCUGGAGUAAGCAGUGCGUACGGCUGCUCAGCACCAAGCGGCAGGUGAAAUACCUCGAGGACACGAUCUUCCCGCCCGAGAAUGGGUUCGAGCAGAACUCACUGUACGGCAACAACAUUCCGAUACCGCACAUCACGCUGGACCAUUACCUGUGGGAUCGGUUCAGCCAGUGGGCCAACAAGGAAGCGGUGGUCUGCGGCAUAACCGGACGCGGCUACACCUACGGCACGCUGCGCGAUCAUUGUGCGGCCCUUGCGAUUCGGUUGCAGCGCAAGAUGAACCUCACAUUCGGCAAAACGCUUGCCAUUUGUCUGCCCAACAUUCCAGAGUUCCCGCUCGUCACGUUCGGUGCUAUCGAGGCCGGUCUGGUGGUAACGACCAUUAAUCCAAUCUACACCGCAGAGGAAAUUUCCCGACAGCUGGUGGACAGUGAUGCGAAGAUACUGAUCGGGCUGGCAUCCAACUAUGCAGUAUUAAAAGAGGCGGCACAGCAGGCAAAGCUGGAUAUACCGAUCGUCUGCAUCCGGUGCACGAACGAUGAGAGUCUGCCAGCCGGUGCUAUCGACUUUGCCGAACUCUCGAACCCCAAAGGUAUUCACUAUAGUGAGCUGCGCCAACAUGAUCGCACGGCGGACGAUAUCGUCUUCCUGCCGUACUCGUCCGGUACUACCGGUCUACCGAAAGGGGUCGAGUUGACGCAUCUUAACGUCGUUUCCAACAGUGAAAUGCUUGGCGCGAAGGCCGGUACUGGUACGGUGGUGUUGCCGACCACCGACACCUUCCAGGAUGUGCUGCCCUGUGUGCUGCCCUUCUUCCACAUCUACGGUUUAACCGUGACGAUGAUCUCGAAGCUGCAGCAGGGCUGCAAGCUGGUAACCUUGCCCAACUUCAAACCGGACACGUUCCUAAACGCUCUCGCCGAACACAAGGGCACGGUGUUGCAUCUCGUACCACCAAUAAUCAUAUUCCUCGGCCACCACGAAGGCGUGAAGCCAGAGCACACGGAUUCGAUCCGGAAUGUGUUUUCCGGUGCGGCACCGAUGGGAACACCGGACGCGGAACGUUUUACCGCACGGGCACCGAAUGCGGAGUUCAUCCAGGGCUACGGACUAACCGAGACGGCACCGGUUGUCUUGAUGGGUGCACUUGGUUCACGUAAUUACGCCUCGGUCGGAUCACCGUGUCCCCGCACCCAGGCGAAGAUUGUCGAUUUGAACGAUCCCACCAACACGGCGCUCGGGCCGAACAUGUCCGGUGAGCUGCUGGUGCGCGGUCCACAAGUAAUGAAGGGUUACCACAACAACCGCAAGGCAACGGAAGAAAUGAUCAUCGAGGGUGGGUGGUUGCGUACGGGCGAUAUCGCACACUACGAUGACAAUCUGCAGUUCUACAUCACCGACCGGCUGAAGGAGCUGAUCAAGGUGAAGGGUUUCCAGGUGCCGCCGGCCGAGCUGGAGGAGCUGCUGCGCUCCCACGAGUCCGUGGUCGAUGCAGCGGUCGUCGGUAUGCCGCAUCCCGUCGCCGGCGAGGUACCGCGUGCGUUCAUCGUGGCGAAACCGGGCGCCCGGGUAACGGAGGACGCACUUAAGGAGUUUAUCGCGGAGAAAGUGGCCGUGUACAAGCGGCUCGAGGGUGGUGUCACCUUCCUGGACAGUAUUCCGAAGAAUGCCUCGGGCAAGAUUUUGCGGCGGCAGCUGAAACUGGAGCACUGCUCAUAG